AUGAUUUUCUGCAAACGUAUUUUGUUUGUGCUAUUUCUAUAUAAGAUUUCUGCAGCUACAUCUCAAGUAGAUUUGGUUUCUAAACUUUCGCUAGAAGAAACAGAUCAACCUCAGGAAGUGACGGUAGGCAUGAUACAUUUGGCAUCCCUGGUUAGUCGUGAAGGCCCUAUGGGUCAAGAACUUUUAGACACAGUAGAAUUUACCAAAAUGGCGAAAACUGAUGAAGAAGAGCUAAGGCGUGUAGCAACAGAAUAUUUUCUGAUUAAAGAGUUUUCGGAAACAUUCAAACCAUCUUUUAUUGAAAGAGAAUUUUCCAUUCAAAAAAAACUUCAACAUGAAAACAUUGUUUCUGCUUACCAUGUGCAUGAGAAUAGGAUAUUUAUGGAAUAUGUAAAAGGAUGCGAUUUAGUUGAUAUCCCUGAAGAUUGGAAGGAAAAUCUAAAAAUAUUCGCUUAUAUUUUCAAAAAAGUUGCAGAAGCGAUUAAAUUUAUGCAUGAAAAUGGUGUUGUUCAUGGGGACUUGAAGCCUGAUAAUAU